ACCUUGGUCUUUUUAGGUACAGGGACAAUGGUGGAUGUUUUGAAGCAGGAGGGCACUCUACACUGAGAGGGAUUGUGUGUGUGUGUGAGAGUUAGAGAAAGAGUAUGUGUGAGAGUGUGUGAGAGAGAGAAAUUGUGUGUGAGUCUAAGAAGAAAUGUGUGAGGCAAAGAGAGUGGGUAUGUGUCAGAGAGAGAGAACAUGUGCGUGUGAGAGUGUGUGUAUGUGAUAGGGAGAGAGUGUGUGUGUGAGAGAGAAAGCUGUAUCUUUGUGAGAGAGAGAAAGUGUGUGUGUCAGAGACAGAAAAAGAUUGUGUGAGAGAGAGUGUGUGUGUGUUUGAGAGAGAGACAGAAGGUUUGUGUGUGAGUGAGAAAGGGUGUGUGUGAGAGAGACAGAAGGUUUGCGUGUGAGUGAGAAAGGGUGUGUGUGAGAGAGACAGAAGGUUUGCGUGAUAUAGAGAGAAUAUGGUGAGUGAGAGAGAAAGUGUGUGUGAGAGAGAGAGAGUGUGAAUGAGGGUGUGUGUGUUUGAGAGGAUUUUUGUGUGUGAGAGAGUGAAAGAUAGUGUAUGUGUGAGAAAGAACAAAAUUGUGUGUGCAUGUGAAAGAAAAAAUGUAUGAAAGAUAGAGUGUGUGUGUGUGUGUGUGUCUGAGAGUGUGUUUGUGUGUGUAUGCGUGUGUACGUGGCUGUGACUGUGUGUGUGUGUAUAUGAGUGUGUGUGUGUGUGUGUGUGUGUGCGUGUGUGUGUGUGUGUGUGCGCGCGUGUAUCUAGCAGGAUCUGUGCUAAAGUGUGUUUCUGAGAUUAAUUGCAUUGCAGGGAUGCGUUAAGCAUCUUUCACAAUUCGCUGUUCCCCUUAUUUCUCUGCACCAUAUGUCAGUGCAGUGUACCCUAGAUACGGUUGCUGUGUGUGGGUGGGGACUGAGCAGUUCCUCACAUUGCUAUCACUCAAAUAAAUAGCAGCAGAGCAAUGCUGAGAGGUGGAAGUGGAACUGUAAUUGGUUUCGAGCAGAACACACACAACUGCCAGCAGCUGUUCGACAACUCUACUCACACGGAGGCCACCUGAAUUUCCGCAAGAAGCUCAAACAGCAUCUGUUUAAUUUAUUCAAAGAUACGGAAGAUGUUGACUAUGAUGACCCCUCUCGUAAGUUCUGCCAACGCAUCACAUGAGAAUUCAUCGCAGAGGUGCUCUUCGGCGACUGAGUACAAAUAUAUGAUCUACUCUACGGUCUACAGCUUCGUGUUUGUCAUUGGUCUGGUCUCAAAUGUGGGCGCUCUCUUUGUAUUCUGCCGCAUUGCCAAGAGGAAAAAUGCCAGCACCAUCUAUCUCAUGAACCUUGCCAUCGCUGACCUCCUCUUUGGCCUCAGCUUACCCUUGCGUGUCGUUUACUACCUGAGAGGGGGUGAUUGGCCGUUUGGAGAUCUCCUGUGUCGCAUCUCAGGGCACAUUUUCUACGUCAGCAUGUACUGCAGCAUUUUCUUCCUAACCUGUCUCAGCAUUUCGCGAUACCUGUCUCUUGUACACCACAUAAAACACCAAAGGAUAUUUACAUUCCGCAGCUGUGUGAUAUCAUGUGUCAGCGUUUGGCUGUUUGUUUUAGUCUCCUCGGCUCCUUUCCUCCUAAAUGGUAGUCAUCAAUUCGAGGGCAAGAUCAAGUGCUUCGAGCCCGCGAACGUGACUUCAUGGGCUUACAUUAUGCGGAUGAACUAUUUAGCUCUCACCGUUGGAUUCCUCCUCCCGUUCUCAGUCAUCCUUUUCUGUUACUUACUGAUGAUAAAGCAUUUAGUGAAAUUCACCUGCAAGUCCAAGCGGUACAAGAGAGACGUGGCAAUGACCAUACUGGUCCUGCUGGUGUUUUUCAUCUGUUUCCUUCCCUACCAUGUGCAGAGGACAGUGCAUUUGCAUUUCCUCGUGCAUCACCAUACCAACUGUGAUCUGGAAAACAUCCUGCGCAAGUCUGUCGUGGCUACCUUAUGCCUGGCAGUGGCCAACAGCUGUUUUGAUCCCCUUCUUUAUAUCUUUGUCGGCCAAGGCUUUAGAACAUAUAUUAAAACGUGGCUGAAGAAGAAAGAGGUGGAUCCCAUGUAUAGCUCUUCCACCGGCAUGCUUGCUAUCAGUCUGGCAUUCAUCCAGUACAGCAGGGAGCUAGAGGUAUUCAACUUGUCACCACCACAUUCGUGCCAGACCCAGACUUGUACAGAAGCAAAGGAAGAAAAUGAUGCAAGCAAAGCAGGGAACUUCAUUACUGAUGGAGAGAACAGUAAACAGUUAGAAUAGCUGACCAGAAAGAUUACCACUAACUAACAAAGACUGGGCUUUCUAAGCUGUAUCGACAGACCAAAUCUGCCCGAGUUGUUAAACAGAGAUUUCAAGAGCAUUUCGCUCAGCAAGAUUCGGAUGAGCUAUCAUUGAUUUGUCUUCUCGCCUGUCACUGGGAACUCAUGCAUGGGACUUUAAACAAAGGAGACAAGGAGAGAGACAUAUUUGUCAUAUGUUCGUAGAGA